AUGGCCUUCCCUGCGGUGGAGCCGCCCAAGCGGGAGCAAAAUUUUCUAGUGAAGGUAGGGAUGGAUGCCUGGACGCAGCCGUUCGCGGUUGCCCACAAGGUCAGGUUGGUGCACAUCCUCAAGAAUCUCCACACCUCGGAGGUGAAAAUCUACUCGGACGCGUCUAAGGAGUUCAUAGUACUACUGGAUGGUGAGUCUGGCGGGGAGGUGCUACAGGAGUACGUGCAGCAGUCGCCGCAGCUCAGGGAGCUGAUCGAGGCGUGGUGGCUCCACCGGGAGAAGCCAGGGAUGGCGUACAUACUUUCCCUCUUUGCGGCCGUCCUGGGCCACCCUGAUGGUAAGCUGCGGCGACAUGGUUCGGUUAAGAAGAGCUUGGACGGUGUCGCUAGGAUGAUACUGGAGGAUAAGGAGAAGAUGGGGGAUGUGCGUGGAGGGGGUCUGGCGUCGGAGGUCGCUGAGAGAUUUGAUUUUAAGAUGGCUAUUUUGCCGCAGCUCACUGGGACAAUGAAGAAGAAAGGGAGCAGGGAUGGAGGGAAUCGGAGGAAGGGUGCUGAAUUUGGGUCCACAAGGCGGUCAUUUAUUGGGUUUGCCAUGUCGUUUUUGGAGGUUGGGAAUCCAAGGCUGCUAAGAUGGAUCCUUCAACAGAAGGAGGUAUAUUCAGGGGUGCUUCGUGGGAUUGGAAAUGAUGAUGCUGAGACCGUCAUGUACGUCCUCUCAACUCUGCGAGACAAUGUCCUGGUAGAUGAGUCACUUGUCCCACCAGGGCUAAGGAGUGUCCUCUUUGGAAGUGUCACAUUGGAGCAGCUGAGCUUGAUCUCAGGGAAUCUUGAUGCAGGGGAAGCAGCUGACAUUGCUCAUGAGGUAUUGGUCAUGGUGUGCACUGAUCCGAAAAAUGGAUUGAUGCCAGGAUCAAAUUUGAGAGGUAAUGAGAAACGCUUGCUAGAUCUCAUGAAAAAGUUGAAAGCUACUGAGGUUGCUCACCACAAAAAAUUGUUGCUGGCCAUUGUGAGUAAUAGGCUGUCUCUUUGUUCGGCGUACAUGAACGAGUUUCCUUACAAUAUUGAACCACGGUCGUCUCCUUCAUGGUUUUCGGCCAUCUCCCUUGCAGCUGAUGUCAUAGCUUCAGCAAAAUGUGAUAGCAUUGUUCAAACUCUUUCAUCCAAUUCACAUGGUCUGGUAUCUGUAGAUGAUGAAGAAGUUCAGGUAGUCUUGAAGUGCAUCGUGCCCAAUGUAUGCUCGCGAGCAAUGAUAAAUAGGGGAUUGCUGCAUUCUGAUGAUCUUGUGAAGCAUGGUUCUCUGAGGCUUGUUUUUGAAUCAGUUAACCUGCUUUGUUAUAUUAUCGAAGCCAUCAAUUGCAUGGUAUCAAAAGGGAGACUGAAGUCAGAAUUCAUUGGCUCAGAGAAAGUAACCAUGAAAAUAGAUGAUUUCCCAGUAUUAAGCUGUUCUGAUGCUACAGAUGCAUCCUUAGUUGAUGAGGUUCACCAGGAAGAUGAAAUGCAGGUCAAGAGGUGGACAUCUCUAAGAGAAUACAUCCAAGAUGAAGUUCAUGGAGCUAUGCCUGAUCCUCAAGUCCUUCUCAAGUUACUCUCUUCUACCAGCCAGAAACAUCAAAAUUACUCUCAGAGCAUACGAAAGAAAAAUGCUCAACUUUCUGAGCCUCCUCAAAAGAAACGAAGAUGCAGUCCUUCCUGUGAGGUUGAUGAUAUUAUUAUUGGUGGCAUUGAUGUUGAACAGGAUAAGGACGCGUCUGAAGAACGAGACCUGGACUUAAAAAAUGACCGCACAACCACCUUGUGUGAGAUAUGGAGCUUAGAUAAACAAGAUACGAAGAUGAAAGAUGCAAAUGUUGUAGAACAUGUCUUCCACUCGAAGUUGCUGGAUGUUCUCAGGCUUUAUUUGGGGGUGAUGCCCAGGUCUUUUGAUGGAUCAUAUGACUUCUUUAAGAUUAUACCACCUAACCCAUUGGAUCUGUCCAUGGAUGAGCAACAGUCCCUGUUAUCUCUUUUACUUGAGUAUUCAGGCCAAUCUAGAGGAUGUUUGGACCCAGAAAGAGCUCCAGAAUCAAUGUACAAGUAUCUGCAACCCUUGGUUUAUAUCAUGUUGCAUUCACAGAUGAAGAACAUCCGUGAUCAAGCAUAUAUUUUAGUUAAAGCUGCUAUGGCAAGUUCUGGUGCAUUUGAUCAUAACUUCACAGAGAUUGAUGCAUGGUUGGUUUUCUUGCCUGGUUAUGAGGCCAAAUGGUGUGUAAGAGAGAACCUAAGAGUUGGAGCACCUAAUAAAUUAUCACACAUUGUAAUCCCUUUUCUGUGUGAUGCUAUUUCGGUAGUUGGUAAUAACCUGUAUAAAUACCAAGAGCACACACGCAAGCUUAUCUCUAAAUCAGGCCAGUUGGAAGGCUGUUCUCCAGCUUUCAGCCCUCUGAUUAUUUGUGUUCUUCAGAAAUGCCUUAGGCUACUCGACACAGAGUCUGGAAGCACAAAGUUACACGAGAAGUCCACAAUUUCAUUGUAUGUGUGCAACACGAUCCACCUUAUUCUUCAGUCUCAGGUGGACGUGCAUUUAUUGCCUGAUCUUAUAGGUACUGUUCUAAAUGAAAGAUUUGAUAAAUUUUCAUCCCAAGAACUGAACUCUAGGAUUUAUCUUGCUGAGUGGAGGCCAUUAACAAAUAUGCUGCAUUUCUUGAGGAGAAUUUCUUACCAACAAAAUUAUAGCCUGUUCAACAUGCCGGAACAUUCUCCUGAGUUUGAUGGUAACUCGUUGUGCUCUGUAUCUAGACAGGUUGAAGAAAUGUUGAAUCAAGAACAAACUAAUUCGCUGGAUGAUGUAGCAACUGCAUUCUUAUUUUCAAUCAUAUGUGCACCUCCAAAAGAUGUUAUCGGUGCCUUUCCAGAUCUUCUUGAUGUUGUGAAAACACGUUUUCCAUCUCAUGUUGCUUUCUUGUCCUCGGUUCUUUUUCUGCAACAUGAUUAUCUGGCUAAAGUUGCUAGUUGUUGGCCAGAUAUAUUCUUCAGCAGCAUCAGACUGUUAAAGGAUGAUAUCAAUGUUGACCAUGUAAGCACAGUUGAGGACGAAUGGCAGAACCUCUCUGUUUCAACAGAAUCAGCUCCUCUAAGUACAUUUUUAAGUGUCAGUCCCUUCUGUGCGCUUUUACCUUCAGUAUUGAGCCUUGCAUUUUCUUCGCCAGAUGAAAUCAGGGAAGCACACAAGGAUGCACUUCUAAGACUUCUUGAAGUUAAAUUGUCUGAUUGCACAUUCAGUGAGCUUACCUUGUAUCUGAGAGUCAUCUUGUUCUGGACUCAUCACCUACUGUCAUCAUAUACUAUUAAGGAUUCAAAUUCAAAUAAUCUUGAGCAACCAUGUCAUUUGUGCUUUGGUCUUCUUGAUAGAGUAUUCGAGCGUAUUCAAGUUUUGACUGCUGACCUUUCACAGUCAAAAUCUGCAUACCCAGCCUAUCCAGUUCAAUGUAUCCAAGACAUUGUUGAUUCUGUUCUUCGGCAUCCUGUUAUUACCCUGUCUUUGUCAUGCUCUUUAUCCAAUUGCCAAAAUUUAGCAGAUGGGAGUUUGGAACAUCUGGAAGAAGCUUUGGCUAGUUUUGCGAAGGAAAAUCUGCACCUUAUAGAUCGUUUUGUUCUAAACCUUUUGGGUAAAUUGUAUGACCUUUUGCUAAUAUUUGGUAGCUAUGGAGGUAACUAUACAGAUAAUGGCCCAUCCCAUGAGUCACUGUUUGCUGCUCCAAAUCUUCUGCUGGAGAACAUAAUAUUGUUGUUCAAGGAGAAGUUUGAGCUCUGCAUGGACAAAGUAAACUUUGGAUUGCUUUUGCCAAAUUUCUACAUGGUUCGCACACUGUCAAAAUUCUUUUCUCCUGUCAAACUCCUGAACCUUGCAAAUUGGAUGUUCCCAAAAUUGGACGGUCGCAGCUCCAGUUCACCUGCUUUUGUUCCUGCUGUUUUGAUGUGCCUAUAUAUUACUGAUGUCGCCAUGGAAAUGCUGUGCUGUUAUCUACAAAAAACUGAUCAGAGAUCAGAAUCCCAUCUAUUUCGGGACUUGGAGAUCCAUAAUUCUGAUAUCAAUGCCAUUCAACAAGCCUAUCACAUCAUUCUUCAUUUUGCUACUAAGUGGAAUAUUGAAUUUGCUGAUCAUUGCUUGUUGAAGAUGCUGUGUCGUAUUCAUCACACAGAAAGAUGUGCAGGAUGGAACACUGACUAUAUUGCAUUCCAUAUGAUAUUAUCUACAAUGGCCAUCAAUACUCCCAUUGACACUCUUCAUCACUGCAUCUUUCGCACAUCUAAGGUUAAAGCAAAAGCAGUCCUGUUGCUUUUGGAAGCAAGUCCUAUGCAUCUGAAUUUUUUUAGCCAGAUAUUCUUGGAAAUUUUAAAUAAAGACACUUCUCUUUUGCAAGUCAAGGAUUCUGAUUCUAACAAUUUAUGGGCUCAAGCAGAUGGUGCUAUACUUCUGUUGCCUGCUGCUUUAUCAUGCUUGAAGUUUCACAGCAAUGACAACAGGCAGUGUGCUGAAUUCCUUGAACCAGUUCCAAUCUUUUAUUCUGAACUACUAUUAUGUGAUAAAGGGUUUUCAAGUUGGAAAAGCUUUGUUACCCGGAGCAUUUUUGAGGAAGAUUUUAGGGACUUUAUACCCACAUCAGUUGAAGAUAUAAUGGUUUAUUUCAGUAGCACUCUCUUGGGGAAGUCAGUUCCGAUGUUGCACUACUACUUUGCAUCGAAAGAAAUUUCAUGGAAACAACGCUUGGAAAUAGUUAGUUCAAUUAUUCCAGAGUCAUCUGAGCUAUUAGAUUCUGAUGUUAAUGAUAUUAAUCCCACUUCGUGCAAUAGCAUUAUGAAGUUUACUAAUGAAUUGUUCGCGAAGGUGUCACUAAUUAGACUGUUAUUAUCUCCUGGAAAAUCAUUGUCCAAUGAAGUAGCUUCAGAGAGGGAGUCCAAGAGAGUGCACAAAGCAAAGCUAAAUUUCAUUAGCAUAUUGGUCAGAACUAUCGAUAGAAUACUCAUGAAUUUCCCAUCGAGUGACAAUAUCUUCUCAUACUCUACCAAGGAAAGAAAGGUCAUCUGUUUUCUGGAAUAUGUAAUUCUCAAGAAUAUCAUUGAACUGUCCUCAGAGAUUCAAAGCUAUCUAAAUCAGCUGAAAUCAAUACCUUUCCUUGCCCAAUUCAUCAGAUCAUCCCUCUUGCAUAGAUUCAAUGAUCCUGUCACAACAAAAGCAAUUCGGUGUAUUCUUGUUGUGCUAUCACAAGGAAAGUUCUCAGCUGAUGAAAUUCUUGAACUUAUACUGGGUCACUCCAAUUUUGUAUCGACAAUAACAUGCAAUGAAGUUUCUGAGUAUCCAUGUGCUUGUAACACCACAGGAGGGAUGCUACAGCCAGCUCCAAGUAUUUUGAAAUUAGUUGAUUCUUCUUUCAUGGAAGAAUAUAAGGCAGAAAUUUCUAUUGCAGAAAAGAGAAGAGUUGAAACCAUCAGAUUACUAAGGGUACUGUAUGAUAUUAAGAGCAGACAACAGAAUAAUAGCCAAUUGAGCGAGUCAAGAGAAUUAGUUUUCUUGCUUUUGUCUGUUUAUGGCGCAACCCUUAGUGAAACAGAUUUGGAGAUACUUCACCUUAUGAAUGAGAUAGAGUCACCCGAGUGCCGAACCAUUACUGAAGUCGAUCAUCUGUGGGGAACUUCUGCUCUGAAAUUCAGAGAAGAACUGAAACUAGAUUUUUCAAAAUCAGAUACGCAUAACACAGAGAAUGCUGAGAUUACUGAAAGGAGACGGACGCUCUUUCGGGAGAACAUACCUGUUGAUUCCAAGCUCUGUGCAAAGACAUCUUUGCUAUAUUGCUAUAAAAGAUCUUCAAGGGUUUCUGUUUUCUCACUGGAACAGCUUCAACGGGAUAACUUUGCUGAUAGUUUCGAGGUAACAUCUCAAAGAAUGGAUGUUCAGAUUUACGAUUCUAUUUUUAUAUUGCGAUUCUCAAUUCAUACCCUUCACAUGGGUUACAUUGAGCCUGCUGAAUUUGCCCGGCUAGGGCUUCUUGCAAUCACACUUGUUAGUAUAGCAUCUCCUGAUCAUGAAUUAAGGAUGUUGGGCUAUGAGUGCCUAGGAACAUUCAAAAAAUCCCUUGAGAGCAUUCCGUUAUUUCCAACCUUAUUGCAGAGCAGUUCUGUGCAUUUUAAAGCUGAACGUUUGUGGAUGCUUCGGUUAUUAUCUGCUGGAUCAAAUCUAGCUGAUGAUGCUAAAAUAUACAAGAGAGGAAGAGUCUUAGAGCUUGUUCUUGCCUUCUGUUCUUCACCUGUUUCAGAUUUUGAAUCGAAGGUUUUAGUCCUUAAGGUGCUGAAGAAGUGUGUCAAGCUGCCAGUUCUAGCUCAUCAUCUAGUAAAAGAGUCUGGCAUUCUGUUGUGGUUAUUGUCUGUUAUUUCAGUCCGUAGUGAAGGGUCUGUUGGUUCUGAAAGCUCCUGUUCUAGAGUAACUGAGUUAGCGUUGGAGGUAGUCAAUGGUUUGAUAUCAUCAAGAUUAAUCACAGAUUGGCUCCAAGAAACUGCCCUUGAGCAGCUCUCGGCAAUAUCAUCAUACCUUUCUGUCCUCCUAAUUAACAAUGCCAAAUUAUUGAAAGGAAAUGCUCGCUUGUUGACUUCAGUGCUAAGUGUGAUUACAUCAACAAUGAGGCUGUCUAUGAAAAGGAAGAUAUACCAACCACAUUUUACCUUGUCCCUCCAUGGUGUAUUUAAUCUGUGCCAAGCUAUUGGUGGUAGCUCAAGAAGUACAGAGCAUAAGCUUGCAAUGGAACUUGGUAUCGAUGCCAUUCUGAUGAAUGGUCCUAUACCAUUUUUUUCUGAAAUGAACAGUGAUUCCUUGCCAUCAGUUGUUACAGCCCUUUGCUUGUUGCUUCUUGACAGAUCCAGUAAGCAAGUGAACAAACACCUGGCCAACAACCGUGGGAAAAUUGAAAUGCUUUGUUCAAAGAUACGCUGCCCAACUGAAUCUAAUCCUGCAUGGAGAUGGCAUUACUAUCAACCCUGGAAGGAUUCUGCUUUGCAGCACACCGGGAUGGAGCGCCUGGAAGAAGAGCAGGCCUGCCGAAGCCUUCUGGUCCUAUUUUCCAAUGCCUUCAGUGCCUGCCUGUCAGAGUUCCCGGUGUUGUCCCUAGAUGAUGUUGAGAAGUCUGGCCUUUUCCAGUGGGAAAGAGAGUCCAUGAUUAAACAGUCUUCCACUUAG